AAAUCAUAGCAACAAAAUGUGAUCUUUUAAAUUUCAAUCAAAUGGCUGUAGAUGAGGAGGAGAGUUCACAGCUGAAGAACACUCAUCUUAACGUUAAUGCAUGAUUAGAAAUCUCUUGUUAUGAACAGUUGGGGUUAUUUAUUGUGGAAGGCGUUCAGGAUUUACUUAAACUAAUACUCCAAAUGAUACAGAUGCAGUGGUUAAUCAGCAAGUUAUUAACAAAGAACUAGUUACGUUGCCAGAAAAUAUAGUUAGCAAGAUGCAAAAUGAAAUGCCAUUACUGAAUGAAUCUAUUGGUCGAACAUCACCUUCACAAACGAAAGAGAAGUUUGAAAAAUACACAUCGGAUCAUAGAAUUAUGCGUCGAAUUGUAGCUGAAGAUCCUAACUAUAAUUUAACUAUUGUACCACCGUUAGUUGAUUUGUGCUUAAAACAUUGCACAGAAAAUUUUGAAUAUAAUCCAAUACCAUUUAUGUAUAUGAAUGAAAAACAAAAACGUCGAUUAUUAGAUGCUUUACCACCGAAUUUAUCAUUAAAAGUAAUAUCACAUAUUAUUGAUGAGAAUGAUCCAUAUUGGAUACGUUGUUGCUAUGCAAAAUGGCCAAUUAUUGAUAUUACCCAAUAUGAUGGAUCAUGGAAACGUGCAUAUUUUGAACGUUUAUUAGAAGAAAUUAUUGAAACAUUUAUACCUGGUACAACAUAUACAUCCCGUUUAGAGGAAUGUGUUCAUUAUGCUGCACCAUAUAUUCAACGUCUUAUUAUUCAACAACUUUUACCUCCAUUAAAACAAAAAAAUAAACAAACUAAAUUGGAUGAUGAUUCCGAUACUGAAAGUGAAUUAGAACAAUCUCAAAUACCAUUACAAAUGGAUCAUUUAAAUUUCAGCUUAAUAUUAGAAAAAUUAUUUAAUUUAAAUGAAUUAAGUAUCACUUAUAGAAUAAAAGAUUGUGGAAUGAAUUUUCAAUGGUCAUUAUUUCAAUUUACAAUAAAUGAUUGUUUAAAUUUAUCAAAAGCAAUAAAACAGCAUACACAUUUAAAAAUAUUGAAUCUUAUCAAUAGUCAUGUGAAUUCUGAACAAUGUCGUUUAUUAGCAACUCAUUUACAAAAUCAUCCAACCAUUGAAUGUUUAAAUUUAUCCCAUAAUUCAAUUGGUUAUCAUGGUAUACGUGCAUUAAGUAAAUUAUUAACUAGUAAAAAUCAUAUUAAAUCAUUAAAUUUAACAAAUAAUCAUUUAAAGUCACCAAGUGGUUUAGCAUUAGCUUAUGCACUUUCACAAUCAGAUUGUCAUUUAAUACAAUUGAAUUUACGUAUGAAUAAAUUACAAGAUGAUGGAGGUAUUGCAUUAGCAAAAGCAUUAAUUCAAAAUUCUACAUUGAAAGAACUUAAUUUAGCAGUAAAUGAUUUACAUGAGAAUACAGCAACAUAUUUUGGACAUGUACUUACACAGAAUAGUACAUUGACUCAUUUAGAUUUAUCAAAUAAUCAAAUAGGUGUAGUUGGUAGUAAAAAGCUUCAAGAUGGAAUGGAUCAGAAUUCAUCUUUGAUUCAUUUAGAUUUACGUUUCACUGGUAGUAGUCAAGAAGCGGAAUAUGCAAUAAGUCAACGGAUUGAAAUGAAUCAAGCAAUGAAUUAUAAAUUACAACAAGAAAUUUCUGAUACUUAUCAGUGUAUACCAUGUGAAAUUACAAGUGUAGCUCGAAAACAACGAUCAAUUGUAGAACAACUUGGUGAAAUACCUUUCACAUCUUUAAGAAUAUAAGAUAUGUGUUGAGUUACUUGGAUAUUGUACUAUAUCUGGUUUGAUAUAUAUUCAUGUGAACCUAUCACUAUCACUAUAAUACAUCUCAAGAGAUUGUAUGAGUUAACUUAUAAUAUAUCUUUAAUUUUUUGGUUAUGAAUUUGUAAAUCUUAUUAGAACUGUAUUAUGUGAUUACGUAUACACUAACACAAAUCAGUAAUAAAGGUAGCAGUAGUAGUAGUAGUGGUGGAUUUUUUUAAAAAUCAGUAAUUCUGUCGUAAGAUGUCAGUCGUGGUCCUAAUGUGAUAAGCGGGAACAAAAGUGGGGACAAUCGAAUGUAUUUGAAAACAGCAUUACAGAAUAUCUUAUUAAAAUCUGAGAACCACACAGCAAAUACUUCAUUUACAAAAUGUCGAUCCGUAUCGGGUAGAGACAGGUCUCUACCUCAGUACAAUGAAAGAUGGUCGCUCAAUUUUGUGGAUUGGUUGAGGUUAGACAUUAACACCGUUGGAUGCCGGUUGGCUCAGUGGUUUACAGGUUAAACGUUCGCGCACGAGACCAAAAGCCCUUGAUUCGAAUCCCACGAGUGGGUUCGUGGAUUCUCACUGUUAAGGAACUACCCAUUGGGACAAAACGGCCGUCCAGUGCUUCCAGG